AUGGCCGAAGCGGCUGGAUACGAAUUCCCCGCCUACCCCGUCAAAUGGCUGACGAGAGACGUGCUGCUCUUCGCCAACAGCAUCGGCUGCACCAGAGACGAGCUGCAGUUCAUCUACGAACUGCACCCCAACUUCAACGUCUUCCCCACCUACCCCAUCCUUCUCCCCUUCAAGCGGAGCAACCAGGAAGUCAUCGACUUCUACGCCGAGCAGGCGAAAGCCGGCAAAGGCCUGCCGGGCGUGCCGGAGCUCGACCCCCGGAAGACGGUGGAUGGCGAGCGACACAUGACCUUCUACAAGCUGCUGCCUUCCUCCUCUGAGGGCCGCAAGUUCGAGAUCCGCUCGAAGGUCAUUGGUGUUUACGACAAGGGCAAGCCGGGCACGGUCGUGGAGACGCAGAACGACCUCGUGGAUGCCGAGUCGGGCGAGCUAUACAACCGCGCCAUCGGGUCGGGGUUCUACGUUGGCCAGGGCGGCUGGGGUGGCCCCAAGGGACCCAAGUCGCAGAGCUACCCGCCGCCGGAUCGGAAGCCGGAUGCGGUGCACGAGCAGCCUACGGGCCCGGAGACGGCGCAUUUGUACCGGCUGAAUGGCGACUACAACCCCCUCCAUGCCACGCCGGAGCCGGGCGAAUCGCUUGGAUUCGGAGGCGCAAUCAUCCACGGCUUGUACUCGUGGAACACGGCGUGCCAUCAGCUGCUGAAGCUGCUAGGCGGCAGCGAUCCCGCCAACAUCAAGGAGUUUGCGGCGCGGUUUGCGUCGCCGGUCAAGGCGGGCGACACGUUUGUUACGCAGGUUUGGAAGACGGGGAAGAAGGACGCGGAGGGGUGGGAGGAUGUGCGCUUUGUCACGUCGGUCAAGGGAGGUAAGGUGUGCUUGAGCAAUGGUCGGGCGAAGAUGAAGGUUGUUGGGCUCAAGAAGAACGAGCGGAGCAAGUUGUAG